AUGCCUCCACCGCAUCUGUUAACGCUUGCCGACCUAUCGGUGCCGCAAAUCCGUCGUCUCAUCUCCCAUGCGCACUACCAGAAACAGCUCACGCUUCCUUGGUUAGCACCCCAUGAAAAGGGAAAAAACAACGCCUCCAGGAACCUCCGUCUACCAAGUCAGAGCCUCUUCAGCAAGACUGUCGCGUUGAUGUUCUCAAAACGAAGCACGCGAACGCGGAUUGCGGCUGAGACAAGCGCGACCGUGCUCGGCGGGAAAGCAUUAUUCUUGGGUAAGGAUGAUAUCCAAAUCAGCUGGAAUAAGGGAGAAGGCGGAGGGGAAAGUGUAAGGGAUACUGCUACAGUUAUUGGAGGAAUGUGUCAAGGUAUCUUCGCGCGUGUCGGUGGACAUCACGAAGUCGAGGAACUCGCAAAAUACUCCCCGGUUCCCGUUAUUAAUGCGCUCUCUGACCUAUGGCAUCCUACCCAAAUAUUGGCCGACCUGCUAACCCUACACGAACAUGCCCACCUCUUUACUCCCGAAUCCCUCGCAGCAAAACCCAUACCAGCACCCGAUACAGCCUCUAAACCUAAAGAAAAGGAAUCAGAACCCGAACCGUCGACUGAAUCCGACAAGAAAACCAAAUUUGCCAAGAGCAAAAAGGCGAAAAAGCAAAGUGGCCCUUUGCCAGAACUCCCUCCUUUGACUAUAGCUUAUGUUGGUGACUCGGCGAAUGUCCUGCAUGAUAUGCUUGUCACGUUCCCGAGGUUGGGGCAUAAAAUGCGUGUCGCUAGUCCUGUGGGGUACGGCGCACCCGAGCCCGUAGUGUCCAAAGUCAGGGAACUUGGAAUACGGUUAGAAGGGUCGACAUUUGGACAAAUAACGGAGCAAGAAAGCAAACACGGCUUUGGUAACAUAUUAUGGUUCGAGAACCCGAAGGAUGCGGUGAAAGACGCAGAUGUCGUUAUUACUGACACUUGGAUUUCAAUGGGCCAAGAGUCCACCAAGGCGCAGCGUCUGAAGGACUUUACAGGCUAUCAAGUGACUGAGGCGAUGUGCGAGGAAGGCGGAGCCAAGCCUGGGUGGCGAUUCUUGCAUUGUUUGCCGAGGAAAGGUGACGAGGUUGACGAUGAGGUAUUCUACGGUCCUCGCUCACUCGUUUUCCCUGAGGCGGAUAACAGGAAAUGGACGAUCAUGGCUAUAUUUGAUUUGUGGAUUGGGCGGUGGGACACCAGUGUAGAGAAAUGA